AGCACUAGUUUUAUUAAAGUGUGAAUGAGGAUAGAGCAGUUGUUCUGCUGUGGAUACUGUUUGAAUCAAAUAUGUCUCACACUGUGACUCUCACCGGUCCCUCGCCGUGGGGUUUUCGUCUGGUGGGUGGACGGGACUUCAGCACACCGCUCACCAUUUCCAGAAUAACACCUGCGAGUAAAGCAGCGCUGAGCGACCUGUGCCCUGGAGACACCAUCCUAGCCAUCAAUGGAGAAAGUACAGAGACCAUGACACACAUGGAGGCUCAGAACCGCAUUAAAGCCUGCACAGAUCAGCUUGUGUUGGUCAUCAGCAGAUCUGGAAAGGUUUGGUCUCCAACUGGAAUAGAAGAAAACAAGACAAGUCCAUACACCGGAAUACUGGAGUCUGAGUCACAGACCUUCCGACCAAUCAGCAGUGGCUAUAGCCCCACUCCCAAGAGUCCAUCCCCCAAGAGUCCCAUUACAGGCGGUGUGCCCUACAAUAACGGCAACUCGAGACCUAUGUACAACAAUCCAGCCGGACUGUAUUCACACAAUAACGGCAACAGUGCCCUGCCCAAGCAGAUGGCAGGCCUCAGCCUGGGCUCUCCUCACAGUUUCAGCCCUGAACCACCAAUGAACUCAUCAGGCAACCCCAAUGGUUUUGACACACAGUCAGACGUCUACAGGAUGCUUCAGGACUAUGAGGAACCUGUGUCAGCUCCCAAACAAUCCGGCUCCUUUAAAUACCUGCAGGGAAUCCUGGAAGCUGAGGAUGGGGGGGUCUCACCGGUGGACAGACAUGGGGUAAGAGGCUUGCGUUCCCCUGUCAAGUCCCCCGUGCCAAAGCUGGGCAGCCCCAUAACGGCUCCUCUGGCGCCCAUCGCCGGCUUACAGAAGCUGCCUCAGUGCACACGCUGUGGAAAUGGCAUUGUGGGAACCAUUGUGAAGGCCAGAGACAAGCUCUAUCAUCCUGACUGCUUCAUGUGUGAUGACUGUGGGCUGAAUCUAAAGCAGAGAGGAUAUUUCUUCAUUGAUGAGAAUCUGUAUUGCGAGACCCACGCCAAGGCUCGUGUGCAGCCUCCUGAGGGCUAUGACGUGGUGGCCGUGUACCCCAACUCCAAAGUGGAACUGGUCUAAUCAUACACACUCUUUAACCCAACACACACACACAAGUUUUCGUUGAGGAUUCAGCUUGGCAAAGUGGAAAUGAGAAUAACAAACUGAAAUGUCUCCUGAAGCUCUUUUUCAGUCCCUGCUCAACUUUAUCCUGGACUCACGUUCUGUAGUUUGUUAACCUGCAGUUAACCUCGUGCUGAAAUUGAGCAGCUGUUUUGUAGGUCAGCAGCACUUUUUCCUAGGUUAGGCAGCCUUUCUAACAUUCUUACAGAGCAGUUCUGGUGUUGUUUUAAGAAGAAAUUGAAAUGUAAGAUAACUGAAUAGACAAAACAACAUGGUCCAGAAGAACAUCUGUUCAGUGGCACACCAACGAUUUAUUUUUCUGAAUGCUGUGGUGAACUGAGGUGCUCAAAAAGGCCACGAAGAAUGUCUCAAGCCAUGUGGAAAAUGGAAAUGGUACUCAUUUAUUCAGAAAGUUUGGGACGGUAUGUUUAUUCUUUGGCUAAGAAGCCAAGCUGUGUGUUUUUUUUUGUCGAUGAGCUAGCUUCCAUCACCACAUCCAGCUUUAUCUUUGUUGUAAACUGAAGAAAAGGAGGAAAACUGAUUUCAUGAAUUUUAUUUGAUUGCCUUUGAGCAGAUUUAAGCUUGAAACAUGCUAAAUGCAAGUAUGUGAAUGCGAUUUGACAUGCAAUUGCUUUCCUAAAAGUGUCAAAACAUGAUUUUUAUUGCAACUAUUCUUUCACAUCAACUACCAUCAUGGUAAAGCAACAGUUUGUAGAGCGUCUUGCUGAAUCAGAGGCCACACAUACCAAUCUUCUUUUGCCUAUUCGUUUUCUGUUUAAAGCUAGCUACCUGAAAACGUUUGGUUUAAUGGCACAGACAUUUCUAGGUGACUCUAUCACAAGUACUGAUGUAACGCAAAUGCAGAAAUGCAUUUUAUGUUGAAGAGUUGAAAUGGGUUGGCCAAGCAUUUGCGACUGCGUUUGCAUAUUUGUGUACAGUAGAGGGAGAGUGGGGUAAGAUGAGCCAUUUUUUACUUAUGUGGUCCUCAAGAUAAGAGAAAAUGAGGCAGAAGUACAAUUAAAGUAUCUAAAGUAAUUUUAGAAUGUUCCUAUCAUUUUAAAUGAUCAGAAUGCAUCUAUAACAAAGGGUUCGACAAAUAUGGCUUCUUAUAAAAAAGUGUUCCUGUGGCUCAAUUUACCCCAGGUUAGGGGUAAGUUGAUCCAAGUCAAUGGGUAAGUUGCACCAUCUGGGUGUAAACUGACCAUCUAACUGAAUCUGAAUCAAAGCCACGUGAAAUUUAACUACAGUGCCUUAUGGUGGGGUAAGUUAAAACGCUGGCUCAAUUUACCCCACAGCAUUUGACUCACUUUGCCCCAUAGCUGCCAUUUUGGACAAAAUUAGCUAGCUUACCAUUUCAGGUUAAUAUUUAGCUAAAUGAUUUGCAUGGUUUUAUAAUGUUACUAAAUUACCAAUAUGCAUCAUAAAUUGUAUUAGACCUGGAUUAAUUAGUUUUAAUAACAGCCAUUACAUCUGUUAUGUUAAAAUUUUACUUUGACAAGCCAAAAACUGUUUUUAAAGUAAAUGGCUGCCUUCCACUCCUCCCAUGUGCUUCUCCUUUUCAUAAUCUGGCAGAAAUGAUAGGUGGUUCCAAAAUGUAUGGUCACAUGACAAUAAAAGUGUACGGAUUGCAGAGAUACAGCACUGGCUCAUCUUACCCCACUCUCCCCCUAUGUAAUUUAAACUAGAUUUAUUUUGAUGGUGUGGAUGACUUCUUCAUGUAAAACAAAACCAGAAUAGUAAAGUAGAUAUGCUUUUAUUUUUUUGGCUUUUCUUUAUCUGGUGAUGCUUUUGUAAAUUCUGUUUAAAAAAAAAAAGAGAGAGAGAGAGAGAGAGAAAUGUUUGUUUUUCUAGUUUUUAUGAAUGAGAUAUAUGUGUGGGUUUUGAAAACGUUUAACACAUAACUACUUUGUUGUAUUAAGAGUCUUCUGUAAAUAAUUUGAAUGCUAACAGUUCAUCUUUUAAAAUAAUGACAGCGAAUGGAAAAGCAAAAACAUAAAAAGGAAUUCUUGAGCAAGGAGAUACUUGUCAUUCCAAACGUUCUUUCUUCUGUGGAACACAAAGAAAUAAUUCUCAUUCUAGAAAGUAUUAUAAAAGUAGUCCAUAUGACUGCAAGUCUUCUGAAGCUAUAUGAUAACACUGUGUGAGGAACAGACCAGAAUUGAAGCCAAUAAUGUGUUGAGGCAGUUUGACUCGCAUUUGAUUUUCAAGCUUCUUGAAACACUGGUUUAGCCAAUGGUCUCAAACUCAAUUCCUGAAGGGCCACACCUCUGCACAGUUUUGCCAGAGAUUUUAUAUUAUAGGGAGAUGAGAGGGUCUGUAUCUCUUACCAUUGGAGAAAGCGUAACGGAUAACUCGACAACGGUGUUUUGGGGGCCUGAAAAUGCAAACUUUGAAAACAGGUUUCAGAGUGCAAGUUUUUGAAAACGAUACCAUUAUCGGUAUUUACUGCAUAAAUUGCGAAUUUGUGAAAAUGUCAUGCACGUGCGAAUUACGUGUUCAGUCUAUAGGCGCGUAGUUUGUUUACAAAGUGACAUCGCCAUCUACUGGCCUGGCAGCAGAAUACAGCGUUUUUAGUCGCAAAGAAAACUUCCAGUUUUAGUACAUCAUUGUUGUGUAAACAUACAAUUAAUUUCAGUCUGUUCUACAAUCAUGAAGACUUUGAUUAUCUGGAUUGGGAUAGGAUUGGAGCUGAACUCUGCAGAAUUGAGGCCCUCCAGGAGCAGGAUUGGGCACCACUGUACUAAGCGGGUCCACAGAAGAAAGAAAGUCAUGCAAGUUUGGAAUCACAUAGGCCAGGGGUGGGCAAAUCUGGCCCUCAAGAUCCAUUUUCCUGCAGAGUUUAGCUCCGAACCUAAUCAAAUACAACUGUACCAGCUAAUCAGGGUCUUCAUGAUUACUAGAAAGCUACAGGCAGGUGAGUUUGAUCAGGGUUGGAGACAAUCUCUGCAAGAAAGUGGACUCAAACUUGCAUUAGGCAGAGUAAAAGAUUGUAUUACAUUUGUUCACAUGUAAUGUGGGGCAGGGAUCAAAAAAGGAGAGCAAAAGCAUCUCCCUGAGCUCCUGUGGAUGUGUUUUCAUACUGGUGCCAAGUUACCGUUUUCUGUUUUCCUUCUGUCACAACAAACCCGUAUGCUUUCGCUUAUCAGAAUCGCUCUACAAGAGUGACCAACAUUAAAAUCUUCCACUCUCACUGCA